GACAAUUGAAAAUGCACUUUAUCGGUGCGUCCUGGUAAACUUUAAACAACAAAAGUGCAUUUAAACAUGUCAAACACAGCAAAAUGAGGUUACAACACUCGGUUCUGUUUCUGGUUUGUCUUUUGUGGAACUUAUUAAUAUGUUCGACAAUUGCAUUAAUAAAUAAUACAACAGACUUUCAACAAGAAUACAGGCCUGAAGGUCCGUUAGUAAUGUGUAAAUUUUUGCCGAAAGAAUUUAUAGAAUGUGAAGAACCAAUUGAUCACAAGGGUAAUAAAACUGCCAAAGAAGAAACUGGAUUUGGUUGUGUAAAGUUUGGAGGUUCUAAAUAUGAAGACGUUGAGAAAACUAAAGUAUCAUGUACUGUGUUACCUUUUAUUGAAUGUUAUGGACCUAGAACAUUUACUCGUGAAGGAAUUCCUUGUAUAAAAUACAAUGACCAUUAUUUUGCUACUACUCUUCUGUAUAGUAUUCUAUUAGGUUUCUUGGGUAUGGAUCGUUUUUGUUUAGGACAAACUGGUACUGCUGUUGGCAAAUUAUUAACAUUAGGAGGAGUAGGAGUAUGGUGGAUUUUUGAUGUAAUUCUAUUAGUCACAAGUUCUUUACAACCUGAAGAUGGCAGUAACUGGAAUCCUUAUGUAUAGCAUGACAGACACAAAAAACUAAUUUAAAAGAUGUAAAAUAAGAUCAAGUGUUUUAUAUGCUACUCUUUUAAAAUCAAUA